GUUGCUUUUUUGCUAACCGUCAGGAUGUCAGAUUGGUGGAUGCGCAGUCAAAGGUGGAAUCUACAGUUGUGGUGAGUGGCCUAGAAGAUGCAGCUGCCGUGGAUUUUCUAUACACACAAGGUAUCAUUUAUUGGACGGAUGUCAGUGAGGAAUCCAUCAAACAGACUGUUUAUAACAGAGUGACAAUGUGCAGACAGUUGUCGUCUCUGGCUUAGUGUCACCCGAUGGUCUGGCCUGUGACUGGAUAAGCAGAAAGCUCUACUGGACGGACUCUGAAACCAACAGGAUAGAGGUGGCCAACAUCAAUGGCACGUACAGGAAGGUGCUCUUCUGGGAAGACUUGGAUCAACCACGAGCCAUAGCUUUGGAUCCAGCUCAUGGAUACAUGUACUGGACAGACUGGGGAGAUACUCCAAGAAUAGAACGUGCUGGAAUGGACGGCAGCAUCCGUAAAAUCGUUGUUGACACAGAAAUAUUUUGGCCAAAUGGGUUAACUAUUGAUUUAGAGGAGCAAAAAUUGUAUUGGGCAGAUGCAAAGCUUAGUUUUAUUCACAGGGCUAAUUUGGAUGGUUCAUUUAGGCAGAAAGUUGUAGAAGGAACCCUCACACAUCCCUUUGCUCUGACACUGGCAGGAGAGACGCUGUUCUGGACAGACUGGCAGACACGCUCUAUCCACGCCUGCAACAAGCAUACUGGAGAAAAAAGGCGAGAAAUACUCAGUGACCUCUACUCUCCCAUGGACAUACAAGUAUUCAGCCUCUCUCGCCAACCCCAUUUUCUGACACCAUGCGAUUAUGGUAAUGCAGGCUGCUCUCACCUCUGCCUUCUGUCCCCACGUGAUCCGUUUUACAGCUGUGCAUGUCCUACUGGGGUGCAACUGACACAAGAUGGCAAGACAUGCAAAAUAGGUGCAGAUAAUGUCCUGCUGCUAGCACGGAGGACAGACCUACGGAGGAUCUCUUUAGACAUGCCAGACUUCACAGAUAUUGUCCUUCAGAUUAAUGACAUUCGUCAUGCUAUCGCUAUUGACUUUGACCCUGUGGAAGGAUUUAUUUACUGGACAGAUGACGAGGUCAGAGCUAUCCGCCGAGCUUACCUGGAUGGUUCAGGAGCACAGACAUUGGUGACCACUGAGGUCCGGCACCCAGAUGGGAUUGCCGUAGACUGGGUGGCUCGCAAUCUUUAUUGGACUGACACGGGGACAGAUCGAAUUGAGGUCACAAGGUUAAAUGGCACUUCACGCAAGAUUGUAAUAUCUGAACAUCUGGAUGAACCAAGGGCCAUAGUGCUGAACCCAUUGACUGGCUAUAUGUACUGGACAGACUGGGGAGAAAGCCCAAAAAUUGAAUGUGCUUACCUUGAUGGCUCAGAGAGAAUGGUGCUGGUCAACUCUUCCUUAGGUUGGCCCAAUGGGUUGGCCCUGGACCUACAAGAGGGUAAACUUUACUGGGGAGAUGCCAAAACCGACAAAAUUGAGGUUAUGAAUGUGGAUGGGACCAUGAGGAAAACCCUUUUAGAAGAUAAGCUGCCCCAUAUAUUUGGAUUUACAUUACUUGGUGACUAUAUCUAUUGGACUGACUGGCAAAGGAGAAGCAUUGAAAGAAUUCACAAAGUGAGGGCAAGUCGGGAAGUCAUCAUAGAUCAACUGCCAGAUCUGAUGGGUCUGAAAGCUGCCAGUGUAAAAAAUAAAUAUGAUAUAAAUCCAUGCGCUGAUAGAAAUGGUGGCUGCAGUCACUUAUGUUUCUUCACCCCCCGUGGAAUCCAGUGUUCCUGCCCCAUAGGGUUGGAGUUACUAAGUGACAUGAGAACCUGUAUCAUUCCUGAAGCCUUUCUGGUCUUCACCAGCAGAGCAGCGAUUCACAGGAUUUCUCUGGAAACCAGCAAUAACGAUGUGGUCAUGCCACUUACUGGUGUCAAAGAGGCGUCUGCUCUAGACUUUGAUGUGUCAGAUAACAGGAUCUACUGGACAGAUAUUAGUUCAAAGACAAUAAGCCGGGCGUUCAUGAAUGGGAGCUCAGUGGAACAUGUGGUAGAAUUUGGACUGGAUUUUCCAGAGGGCCUAGCAGUGGACUGGAUGGGGAAGAAUCUGUACUGGGCAGACACUGGCACCAAUCGCAUUGAGGUGUCACGUCUGGAUGGAGCCUUCAGGCAGGUUUUGAUUUGGAAGGAUUUGGAUAACCCACGAUCAUUGGCACUUGAUCCAGCAAAAGGGUAUAUGUACUGGACAGAAUGGGGAGGGAAACCAAAGAUCGUUCGAGCCUACAUGGAUGGAACAAACAGCAAGACACUGGUUGACAAAGUGGGGCGUGCAAAUGACUUGACUAUUGACUAUAAAGAUCAACGUCUCUACUGGACGGACCAGGACACAAGCAUGAUUGAGUCCUCCAAUAUGUUGGGCGAUGAAAGGGAGAUUAUUGCUGAUGACCUUCCUCAUCCCUUCGGAUUGACCCAGUACAGUGAUUUUAUCUACUGGACGGACUGGAAGCUCCACAGUAUUGAAAGAGCCAACAAAGUCAAUGGUAGCAAUCGUACACUGAUUAAGAGCCACCUGGACUUUGUCAUGGAUAUCUUGGUCUUCCACUCAUCGCGUCAGGAUGGUCAGAAUGACUGCAUGCAGAACAGUGGUCGCUGCAGCCAGCUUUGCCUAUCUGUACCGAGCGGUUACCGUUGCAGCUGCUCCUCUCAUUACAGACUAGACACCAACAACAGAAAUUGCACAUCACCCUCCAGCUUCCUAUUGUUCAGCCAGAAGGCAGCAAUAAACCGCAUGGUGUUAGACGACCAACCAGAUGUCAUACUUCCCAUUCACGGGCUAAGGAAUGCCAAGGCCAUCGGGUAUGACCCACUUGACAAAUUCAUCUACUGGGUGGAUGGACGUCAGAACAUCAUCAAAAGGGCAAAGGAUGACGGCACGCAGCCCUUCGUGUUGGUUUCUACUCCUAGCCAAGGCCACACUCAGGAGAAGCAGCCCCAUGAUCUGAGCAUUGACAUCUAUAGCCGCAUGUUGUACUGGACUUGUGAAUCCACCAACACCAUUAAUGUCAACAGACUGAGUGGGGAAUUCAUCGGCAUUGUGUUACGUGGUGACCAUGACAAGCCCAGAGCCAUUGUGGUGAAUGCAGAGAGGGGAUACAUGUACUUCACAAACAUGCAAGAUCGCUCUCCUAAAAUUGAACGGGCGGCUUUGGACGGCACAGAGAGAGAGGUUCUGUUCACCACAGGUCUCAUCAGACCAGUCGCACUGGUCAUUGACAAUCAGCUUGGGAAACUGUUCUGGGUGGAUGCAGAGUUGAAGCGAAUUGAAAGCAGUGAUCUUUCAGAACCACCCACCUGCUCUCCAAACCAAUUCACCUGUGCCACUGGCGAGAUUGACUGCAUCCCCAUGGCUUGGCGUUGUGAUGGCUUCUCAGAGUGCGAUGACCACAGUGAUGAGGAAAACUGUCCCAUGUGCUCGACCAACCAUUUUCAGUGUGAGAAGGGGCAGUGCAUCGACUCCCGACUGAGAUGUAAUGGAGAGAUUGACUGCCAGGAUAAGUCCGAUGAGAGUGACUGUGACUCAAUCUGUCUGCCCCACCAGUUCCGAUGUGGUGAUGGUCAUUGUAUAAUGGCGGCGCAGCAGUGUGACGCCAUCACUGACUGUAGUGACCACUCUGAUGAGCUCAUUUGUGAGCCUAACAAAACGCUCUCAGAGGAGUUACCAUCCCACAGCAGUGCAAUAGGCCCUGUCAUUGGCAUUAUCCUGACUGUCUUUGUCAUGGGUGGUGUGUAUUUUGUGUGCCAGCGUGUUGUGUGCCGGAGAUACACUGGACCCAAUGGACCCUUUCCGCAUGAGUACAUCAGCGGCACCCCACAUGUACCCCUGAACUUUAUAACCAGCAGAAGCUCUCAGCCCGGCACUUACACAGGUAUUUCCUGUGGGAAGCCAAUGAUCAGUUCCAUGAGCAUCAUGGGAGGAAGCAGUGGUGCACCUUUGUACGACAGGAACCACGUAACAGGGGCGUCAUCCAGCGGCUCCUCCAGCACAAAGGCCACACUGUAUCCUCAGGUAAAUCGCUGCCGUUACAAAGUAGUAGUGACCGGCUGA